AUGGCACGCACUCACCGAAGGGAUUCGUCAACGGAGCGCCCCGAUACGAGCUCGUCCUUAAUAAAGAAGCUCAAGUCCUCCCAUGUCUCUUCACCCACGAAUGGCACGUCGGCAGCAGACCCCACACCCUUCUUCGCCUCAGGCCUCCUUGAUCACUGUAACAUCGCCCAGCUCCAUUCUGGCUAUGUGGCCAACGAGCCAUUCAAAUAUUCCGUCGUCGAAAAGCUGUUCCAGGACGAGCUAUUACAAAAGGUCAAGGACGAGUGUCUGAGUGAGCUCAGCUUCACCGAAAAAGAGACGGACAUCUAUAAAGUCAACCAAACCGGCGACCUUGCUUCGCUUAACUAUCUUACAUCCUCCCAAAUAUCCCUUCUCCCCAAUCUCCUCGCCCUCCGCGAUGCGCUGUACUCACAAAAGUUUCGUGACUUUCUUCGUGCGGUCACUGGCUGUGGUCCACUGUCCGGCACAAAACAGGACAUGUCCGUCAAUUCAUACACCCGUGGAUGCCAUCUUCUAAAUCACGACGAUGUUAUCGGCACCCGACGGGUUUCCUAUAUUCUCUAUAUGCCCUUACCACACUUCCAGUACUGGCAAAAGGACUGGGGAGGUGCCCUCGAACUCUACCCGACUGUUGUGGGUCCGGAUGGAGAACGAGAGCCUACUUGUACCCCGUUGAAGACGAUUCCGCCGAGCUGGAACCAGUUUAUCUUCUUUGAAGUGCAACCGGGGCUGAGUUUCCAUUCAGUGGAAGAGGUUGUUGUCGGCGGUGAGGGUGAAGAUGGGCGAGCGAGGCUGAGCAUCAGUGGAUGGUUUCAUGCGGCACAAGAGGGCGAAGAAGGCUACGUCGCAGCUGAGUCGGAAAGCCAAGUCAAAAGCUCAAGAGAGCAACUCGCCAUGACUUCCACCGAGUUCAAGCAGUAUCCAGCCGAGCUGGAUGGCCCACCAGAAGAUACCCUCUCUGAAAAGCAUACCACUUUCUUAUCCGAAUUUCUCAACCCCGUAUACCUCCAGCCUCGCACGAUGAAAGCUCUCGCCUCGCGAUUCGUCGAAGAAUCGUCGCUCGAGCUCCACUCAUUCCUCUCAAACGAACUAGCCUCGGCACUCGAACCAAGAUUACGCGAGUUGGAUGCCGCUGAUGGUCUUGGUCCCGAUCGCGCGGGCAAAGUGCCCGCUCAUUCGUGCGGGACAACUGGGGCAUGGGACACCAAAGGCCCGCCACACAAAUGGCGAUACUGUAUUCUCCGACCGCACGAAUCAGCGCAAGCUGUAACGCCUCGAGCGGCAGCGGGUUGCGACGAAAUCGUUCGCGGAAUUCAAGACGAGCUGUUUAGCUCGGUCGCAUUCCGUGCAUGGCUCGCCGCAGUCUCAAGACUGGUACCGACGAGGUACUGUGUAGAGGCACGACGGUUCAGGCCUGGUUUGGACUAUACUCUGGCAACCAGUGAAGAGAAAGAGGCGCGGUUGGACGUGCGAAGAAGCGCUCGCGGAAGAAUGCUAGUGAGCCCAAGCCUAGGGGUUGGCAGGCCGCAGAGUGGGGUGGUUGGGAGUGUUACAUGGCCCCACACAAUGAGGGAAGACGAUCCCGCCGUAUAUCGGUCGGGAACCAUCAAAAAACCGAAGGCCAAUGGAAACGGGGUCGCCAAUGGAAAUGGUCACGUGCCAGACUCUGAAGACGCGGGCGAGGAAAACGGCGACACGUCGAUGGAUGGUGAAGCGGGGUCAGAGGGAGACGUGUCGAUGGCAGACGACGAAGAAGACAGCACGUUGCUCACCGUCCAACCUGGGUUUAAUCGCCUGUUGCUUGUGCUGCGAGACGAGCGAGUGAUGCGAUUUGUCAAGUACGUGUCGGCGUCAGCGGAAGGAUCGAGAUGGGACGUGUGUGGCGAGUACGAGGUCGGCAUGGUUGAGCGGGAAGACGACAGCGACCCGGAGGACUCAGAAGAUGACGCUGAAGGGGAGGAAGAGGCGUGA